GAGAGAGAAUCUUCCUCAUUCAUCUCAUCUCUUAAACAAAGAAAGUUCGGGUUUAGGAUGAAGAGCCCUCUCUUUUUGUUACUGUCUGUCAGUUUUUCUUAUGCAUUUCCCACACAUCCAGGAAACAGGAAUGAAGAACAAAAUAUGCAGCUUUUACAGGAAUACCUAGAACAGUUCUAUGAACUAGAACAUGAACCAAAGCCACGAGCCUGGAAAAGCAGCAAUUCCUUAGAGGGCAAAAUCCGACAAAUGCAAGAAUUUUUUCGGCUGAAUGUGACGGGAAAGGCAGAUGCUGACACAUUAGCUGUUAUGCAGCAACCAAGAUGUGGCAUGCCAGAUAUCGCUAGCUUUGCUUUGGCUCUCCCUGGAUGGAGUAAAACCAAGCUUACAUACAGGAUCUUGAAUUACACGCCUGAUAUGAAAGCAGCUGAUGUGGACAGAGCCAUUCAAAGGGCACUCAGUGUCUGGAGCUCUGUGACUCCUCUGACAUUUACGAGGAUUCAUCAAGGGACAGCAGACUUGAAGAUUGCGUUUGCAACUGGAGUACAUGGCCGCUGUCCUCAGCCCUUUGCAGGGGCCUUCCCAGCCCUCGCACAUGCUUUCCCCCCGGGCUAUCCUUUCCGUGGAAACGUCCACUUCAACGAGGAUUACAACUGGGCUGCUGAUUCAGAUACUGAAGUGAAUAAUUCACCAUAUCUAAUGAGAUUCAACUUGUUCCUUGUUGCUGCUCAUGAGAUUGGCCAUGCUCUUGGGCUUGCACAUUCUGAUGACCCACGAGCACUGAUGUUCCCAUACUUCAAGUCCACUCUCUCUGUUGAUUUCCCUCUCACCCAAGAUGAUAUUGAUGGCAUUCAAGCAAUCUAUGGACCUUCACCUCACCCACCAAAGGAGCCAGUUAAACCAACUUUGCCUAAGGCCUGUGACCCUAAGACAUCAUUUGACGCUGUCACUACGCUGAGACAGGAAGUUAUGUUCUUAAAGGGCAGGUAUGAUGAAAACAGUCGAUCCAUGGACAGGGGGUAUCCAAGAAAGACAAGAGAAGAUUUUCCUGGGAUUGGCCCCAAGGUUGACGCUGCUUUUCAGCAUAAUGGAUUCUUCUAUUUCUUCCAUAAGUCAAAGCAGUGGGAGUUUGACCUAAAUAACAAACGAGUGACUCGUGUAAUGAAGAGCAACAGCUGGCUUAAUUGUUAGCAUUAAACAACUUAGUAUUUAGCAGGGCUUUUUUGUAGAAAAAGCCCAGCAGGAACUCAUUCGCAUAACAGGCCACAU